AUGGCCCUGUCGCAGGAACAAGGCACCCAAAUCGUUUCCAGUCUCUCCUAUCGCCUUAAGAGCACUGUUGCCUUCGAAUAUUUCAUGGAUGACGACCAGUUUGGCGGUGAAGAUGUCAGGUCGAUUGCCGAGUUUCUUCAUUACCGAUACUUUCCCCGACCUGGCAUGGGCAGGAUGAACUGGUACUCCUGGUACCUGGAGGAGGGUCUGAACGGUUCAGUGGACCUCCCUGAAUACACCUAUGACAAGAAAGGACACUUUGAGAUCUACUAUGGAGAAGUGUACUGCCGUGUGCCGGGGUGCAAUAAGAAACGUAUCUGGAGCCCAGCCCAGGGAAGAAAUGACAUGACUGUCGAGCUGGCUGCGAACUACAGAAGCAUGCGCUGA